CACGAAGAAAUGGAGAGACUGUCCUACUUAUGGAAACAAGAUAUACAUUGAUAUGUAAAACUAUUAGAUAUUUCUAGCGCAAUACAGUAUUUGUCAUCCUCGAGAAACUAGCAGUAAUCUGUUGUUGAUCUUUCCUAGCGUCGAAAGAGCUAGGGUUUCCUAGAAUGAAUGUUGUUUUUUGCAUUUAACAAUCGAAGGUUGACAUAUCACAUUUCAUCAAAUGCGCUAUUACUCCUCGGUCGUGAUUAUAUAAACCGUUCGAUGUUAAAAUUAGACAUUUUCUAUUCAUUUAAGGUACUAAACUAAUCAUAGUAGUGACUGGUGACACAUCAUACAAACAAGACGAUCUGAGCUCAAGAGAUGUCGAAAGUGAAGCCCAAAAUAUAAAUGGUGGAAUCUUGAAGCAUGAUAAGUUGAAAAUCAUGUCUUGGGACGCCUCUCCAGAUCGCACUCAUCAUGAUGUCAUUGCAAGUUUAUUACGCGAGUACAAACCAAAAGAGCUACAACGGAAAACAAAUGAAUUGGUCUCCUCCGAAUACGACGUCAAAAAAGGGUUUUUAAGAUGUAGGGCUGUUAUUCAAGAUGGGCUUGUACUUGCCAUCCUUAAAAGUGACCCCUGUGAUUGGAGCCCGAGUAAAGGGUUGCUCAAUGAUCUGAAGGCAAAACACCGAGAAAGGACGAAGGUUGAGUUGUGGGAGAAUGAUAGCGGUGCCGUUACAGUUAUCGGAUGCAUCAGCACAGCAGAACCCAUGCUUCGAAAGAUAGCGGAGAUCAGCCCGGCUACAAAACAGAGACACUCUGCACAA